UUCUGGAAAAAUAUAAAAUAACAAUAUUUGAAACCGAAAAACAAUUCACUAAAACUUGACUUGUAGAAUAUUCGGCUCAUAAUUUCCUUUAACCAACCGUGCCCAACCAUAACCAGUGGUCAACUUUUUUUAAUAGACUUUUUUCACUCCUACACACACUUCUGGAACGGGAGUGGGUGAGAGAAAUCAUCUAUAUAUACAGUUCUGUAUAGAAGCAUUGAUCGUCACGUGUGACAACUAAUUAACAAACUCUCAAAUUAACCUUCGUCCUCCUCUUCAACUCCUAUAGUAACCACUCCAUUUCUAGACACUUCUUAAAUACCUUUGUUUCUCUGUUUCCAUGGCUCCAAGCUUGAACAAGAAUGCCUCACAAGUAAUGGCCAGGCUAAUAGAUGAUAACACAAAGCCUUUGUCCAUCACCCUUGAAGGCACUGAGUUUUUAGCCAAUGGUCAUCCUAUACUUACUCAUGUCCCUGCUAAAAUCAUUGCCACUCCAUCACCAUUCAUCUCCAAAGAUUUUACAAUCGGCUGCUUCGUCGGAUUUGACUCCGACGAGGCCAGAAGCUGCCACGUGGUCCCUAUAGGCAAGCUCAAGAACAUAAGGUUCAUGAGCAUAUUCAGGUUCAAAGUAUGGUGGACCACACACUGGGUAGGCCAAAAUGGCAGAGACAUUCAACACGAGACACAAAUGAUAGUACUAGACAAAUCCGAAAACGGCCGUCCUUAUGUUUUGCUACUUCCAAUUCUAGAAGGUUCCUUUAGAGCCUCAUUCCAACCUGGACAGGAUGAUAAUUUGGACAUUUGCGUGGAAAGUGGAUCAAGUAAAGUUCGUGAAUCCAGGUUUCGGACUUGCAUUUAUAUGCACGUAGGUGAGGACCCGUACGAAAUGGUGAAAAAUGCUAUGAAGAUUAUUAGAUUACAUUUAGGGACUUUUAAGUUGUUAGAAGAAAAAUCUCCUCCAGGUAUAGUUGAUAAAUUUGGUUGGUGCACUUGGGAUGCUUUUUACCUUACGGUAAAUCCAAAAGGGGUAUGGGAAGGGGUUAAGGGCCUAGUAGAGGGUGGGUGCCCUCCAGGAUUAGUCCUAAUUGAUGAUGGGUGGCAAUCAAUUUGCCACGAUGACGAUGAUCCAAUAACUGAUCAAGAAGGGAUGAACAGGACUGCUGCUGGUGAACAGAUGCCAUGUAGGUUAAUAAAAUUUGAAGAGAAUUACAAAUUUAGGGACUAUGAGAGUCAUAAGGGAAAGGGGAUGAGGGCAUUUAUUGAGGACCUAAAAGAGGAAUUUAAGAGUGUAGAACAUGUAUAUGUGUGGCAUGCACUGUGUGGGUACUGGGGCGGGAUUAGGCCUAAUGUGCCAAACAUGCCAGAUAGUAGGGUCAUUAGUCCUAAGCUAUCACAGGGUUUGCAGAUGACUAUGGAGGAUUUGGCUGUGGACAAGAUUGUGAACAAUGGAGUUGGAUUGGUCCCACCAGAGAAGGUGCACCAAUUGUACGAAGGGUUGCACUCGCAUCUUGAAUCAGCUGGGAUUGAUGGAGUCAAGGUGGAUGUUAUUCACUUGCUGGAGAUGUUAUCAGAGGAUUACGGAGGACGAGUGGAACUGGCUAAAUCAUACUACAAUGCCUUAAACGCUUCAAUAAGGAAACAUUUUAAAGGGAAUGGCGUGAUUGCUAGCAUGGAACAUUGCAAUGACUUUAUGUACCUUGGGACAGAGACCAUUUCUCUAGGACGCGUAGGAGAUGAUUUUUGGUGCACUGAUCCAUCUGGUGAUCCCAAUGGGACAUUUUGGUUGCAAGGAUGUCACAUGGUACAUUGUGCUUACAACAGUCUGUGGAUGGGAAAUUUCAUCCAGCCUGAUUGGGACAUGUUCCAAUCUACUCACCCUUGUGCUGAGUUUCAUGCCGCCUCUCGAGCCAUCUCAGGAGGACCCGUAUAUGUAAGCGACUCAGUGGGCAAACACAACUUCCAAUUGCUGAAAACAUUGAUCUUGCCUGAUGGUUCCAUUCUCCGUUGUCAACAUUAUGCACUGCCAACUAGAGAUUGCCUGUUUGAAGACCCUUUACACGAUGGCAAAACUAUGCUUAAAAUUUGGAACCUUAAUAAAUUUAGCGGAGUUCUUGGAGCAUUUAAUUGUCAAGGAGGAGGAUGGUGCCCUGUUUUAAGGAAAAACAAAAGCGCGAGUGAGUAUUCAGUGGCAGUGACAUGUUUGGUUAGUCCAAAAGAUGUUGAAUGGAGCAAUGGAAGAAAUCCGAUUUCUGUGGAAGGAGUGAACAUUUUCGCGGUGUACAUGUAUUGCCAGAAGAAGCUAAAGCUCUUGAAGUUGUCUGAUAAUGUGGAGAUUACUCUUCAGCCAUUCGACUAUGAGCUGCUAACGGUAAGCCCUGUAGCAGUGUUGUUGAAAAAAUCAGCACAGUUUGCGCCAAUUGGAUUGGUGAACAUGCUCAAUUCUGGUGGUGCAAUCGACUCUCUUGUGUACAAUGACGAUGAUAAUGGCGAAAGUUCAGUACGAAUAGGAGUGAAAGGGAGUGGUGAGAUGAGGGUGUUCGCAUCUGAGAAGCCGUUAUUGUGUAUGAUUAACGGAGUCUCUGUUGAUUUUAGUUACGAAGAUAAUAUGGUCGUGGUUCAAGUUCCAUCGCCUAAUUCUUCAAGAUUGUCUGAAAUUAAGUAUGUGUUCUGAGUUCUGAUACCUGAAUUACACAUUCCUCCCCCUUUUUGUAAUUAUACUAAAAUUUUGAAGAUCUUUAAGUGUAAAUUACGAGUUUAAAUCAUAUUGUAAUGCUCAAUUAUGCUUCCGUUUACUUUUCCAUCCUUCAUUUCU